AUGAGCAAAACACGGGUACGAGACGGGGGAGUCGUCCCUCAUGAUGCCCCCUUCAUCGUCGAAGCGUUCGACUCGACAAUCCCGCACCUCGCGGCGAUCGGCAGCGGCGAGAUGUGGGGGUCACUCUUCAGCGAGAAAGAGGGGUUUGUCGAGGAGACGGCCGACGACGUCAAGAAGUCGGAAGCGUACCGCACCACCGAAGAAGGAGAAGCCCUACGGAUCUUCGUCGCCGAGGUCGACGUCGAGCCAGCGGUAGCACCAUUCCCCCACAGUGCCGCGGAGUGUCCCGGCCUUCGCUACCGGACGGUCGACGAUGGGACGCGCAUGCUAUCAGUCGGGGCGGCCUUCAUUCGCGACAAUUGGCUCCCCGGACAUGUCGAGUCUCAGUUCCAUGUGGACGCCAUCCGAGCCGAGCUGGAAGGGAAAGCCGGGUUCGUGUAUAUCGAUGUGCUGGUCUCGGAUUUCAGAACAGGGCAUCACCGCAAGGGAGCAGGGGAGGCGCUUCUGAGGCGAGCAGUGGAAUACGGGCUUGAGAAGGGGAUGAAGGCGCUCUACGUCGAUGCGUGGGCUGGGAAUGAGGAGAAGUUGGUCAGGUGA